GAUCGACGGAAGUGACGUAACGGGGCGGGGCGCGCACCUGGGCACCUGGGCACCUGGGCGGCCGCGGCGGCGCUGGCUAGACGCGCGCGAUGGAGGGCGACGGCGGGACCCCGUGGGCCCUGGGGCUGCUGCGCACCUUCGACGCGGGCGAGUUCACAGGCUGGGAGAAGGUGGGCUCGGGUGGCUUCGGGCAGGUGUACAAGGUGCGCCAUGUCCACUGGAAGACCUGGCUCGCCAUCAAGUGCUCGCCCAGCCUGCACGUCGACGACAGGGAGCGCAUGGAGCUUUUGGAAGAAGCCAAGAAGAUGGAGAUGGCCAAGUUUCGCUACAUCCUGCCUGUGUACGGCAUCUGCCGCGAACCUGUCGGCCUGGUCAUGGAGUACAUGGAGACGGGCUCCCUGGAAAAGCUGCUGGCCUCAGAGCCGUUGCCGUGGGAUCUCCGGUUCCGCAUCAUCCACGAGACAGCGGUGGGCAUGAACUUCCUGCACUGCAUGGCCCCGCCACUCCUGCACCUGGACCUCAAGCCCGCGAACAUCCUGCUGGAUGCCCACUACCACGUCAAGAUUUCUGAUUUUGGGCUGGCCAAGUGCAAUGGGCUAUCCCACUCGCAUGACCUCAGCAUGGAUGGCCUGUUUGGCACGAUUGCCUACCUCCCUCCGGAGCGCAUCAGGGAGAAGAGCCGGCUCUUCGACACCAAGCACGAUGUAUACAGCUUUGCCAUCGUCAUCUGGGGCGUGCUCACACAGAAGAAGCCGUUUGCAGAUGAGAAGAACAUCCUGCACAUCAUGGUGAAGGUGGUAAAGGGCCACCGCCCCGAGCUGCCGCCCGUGUGCAGAGCCCGGCCGCGCGCCUGCAGCCACCUGAUACGCCUCAUGCAGCGGUGCUGGCAGGGGGAUCCGCGAGUUCGGCCCACCUUCCAAGAAAUUACUUCUGAAACCGAGGACCUGUAUGAAAAGCCUGAUGAUGAAGUGAAAGAAACCACUCACGACCUGGAUGUGAAAAGCCCCCCAGAGCCCAGGAGCGAGGUGGUGCCUGUGUCUGCCAGGCUCAAGCGGGCCUCCGCCCCCACCUUCGAUAACGACUACAGCCUCUCCGAGCUGCUCUCACAGCUGGACUCUGGAGUUUCCCAGGCUGUUGAGGGCCCGGAGGAGCUCAGCCGCAGCUCCUCUGAGUCCAAGCUGCCGUCGUCCGGCAGUGGGAAGAGGCUCUCGGGGGUGUCCUCGGUGGACUCCGCCUUCUCUUCCAGAGGAUCACUGUCGCUGUCCUUUGAGCGGGAGCCUUCGACCAGCGAUCUGGGCACCACAGACGUCCAGAAGAAGAAGCUCAUGGAUGCCAUCGUGUCUGGGGACACCAGCAAGCUGAUGAAGAUCCUGCAGCCACAGGACGUGAAUCUGGCGCUGGACGGUGGCGCCAGCCUGCUGCACCUGGCGGUGGAGGCCGGGCAAGAGGAGUGUGUCAAGUGGCUGCUGCUCAACAAUGCCAACCCCAACCUGACUAACCGGAAGGGCUCCACCCCGCUGCACAUGGCCGUGGAGAGGAAGGUGCGGGGCGUCGUGGAGCUCCUGCUGGCACGGAAGAUCAGUGUCAACGCCAAGGACGAGGACCAGUGGACGGCCCUCCACUUUGCAGCCCAGAACGGGGACGAGUCUAGCACGCGGCUGCUGCUGGAGAAGAAUGCCUCGGUCAACGAGGUGGACUUUGAGGGCCGGACGCCCAUGCACGUGGCCUGCCAGCAUGGGCAGGAGAAUAUCGUGCGCAUCCUGCUGCGCCGAGGCGUGGACGUGAGCCUGCAGGGCAAGGAUGCCUGGCUGCCGCUGCACUAUGCCGCCUGGCAGGGCCACCUCCCCAUCGUCAAGCUGCUGGCCAAGCAGCCGGGGGUGAGUGUGAACGCCCAGACACUGGAUGGGAGGACGCCCCUGCACCUGGCUGCACAGCGCGGGCACUACCGCGUGGCCCGCAUCCUCAUCGACCUGUGCUCCGACGUCAAUGUCUGCAGCCUGCUGGCACAGACACCCCUGCACGUGGCCGCGGAGACGGGGCACACGAGCACUGCCAGGCUGCUGCUGCAUCGGGGCGCCGGCAAGGAGGCCGUGACCUCUGACGGCUACACUGCUCUGCACCUGGCUGCCCGCAACGGACACCUGGCCACUGUCAAGCUGCUCAUCGAGGAGAAGGCCGAUGUGCUGGCCCGGGGACCCCUGAACCAGACGGCGCUGCACCUGGCUGCUGCCCACGGGCACUCGGAGGUGGUGGAGGAGUUGGUCAGCACCGACGUCAUUGACCUGUUUGACGAGCAGGGGCUCAGCGCCUUGCACCUGGCCGCCCAGGGCCGGCAUGCACAGACAGUGGAGACUCUGCUCAGGCAUGGGGCCCACAUCAACCUGCAGAGUCUCAAGUUCCAGGGCGGCCAUGGCCCCACCGCCACCCUCCUGCAGCGAAGCAAGACCUAACUGGCUGCCUGUGGAGUCCAGGGGUCCGUGUGGGGCUCUUGUCCUGUCUUCCUCAUGGGGAUGGAACGAUCCUGCGUGGGGCCCUGUUGUGGCUUGCCUAAACAUUGACCAAGCGGAGGUGACAUGGUGCCAUCGGGAGGUGGCUGCUGCUGACCGGAGUGUCCCCUCCAGGCGAAGCUGGCUCAGGUGCAUGUGCCCGCUCCAUCACCGAUCUAGGCACCUGCUGUCUGAAAGGACCGUGGGUCAGAAUCAUUUCGUUGUGCUCCUAAUGGGCUGCUGAGGCUGGUCUCUCAGUGAUGAAGCCCCAGGCGAGGAAGCAUCCACUCUCUCCUGAGGCGAGCCAUCUUGGGCCGCUGGAGCUCACCAGUCUUGAGGGAAGAGGUGCAGGAGAAACUGUGUUUUUUAUCUUCAUACACAGCAGUGGACAGAGAGGCCUGUCUUAAAGUUUCCAUGGAAUUGUUUUAUAAAAUAUCUUAAGAGAUGAAUGCCUUAUCAGCUGCUGCUUGAAACCUGUUAAAAAUGUUCAUAACAUUGGAUAGUCUAGUCUGUAAAUGAUGACUAAGUAGUGGGGUUGGCUUUGAAAACAAUGUUUUAUGCAACAAGGAGUGAAUGGUAGCAGCCAGCAUUGCGGGACGUGUGUGCGGCCAGCUCUUAACCAUUCCAGUCUGUUACUUUGGUGAGUCCUUGUGGACAACCACACACACAUGCUCACAUGGUACUAGCUGCUGUUCAUUUCUCAUUGUCUAAGGUGUUUUGGGAACUCUAGAGCCAUAGGCAUAAGAGUCAUUAAAAAAAAUUCUCCAUUUGUAACCUCAGUCCUGGGGACUGAGGCGAGCCCCCUCAGGUCACUGGAGUGCACCAGUCUUGGGGGAAGAGGUGCAGGAGAAACUGUGUUUUUUAUCUUCAUAGACAGUAUGAAGAUAGAACUAUGUAGUAUUACCUAGACAUGGACAGUAUUACCUAGGUAGAUGCACUGCUCAUCUGCGUCCUUUCCAGCUCUCAUUUUUGGUAGGUGAUUUAGGAUAAGGAUAGUGUUUUGGGGUUAUAGGGGGAGGGUUUCUGACCUGCUUUGCAGACGUGCAUCCGCACCUCAGCAGUUUGGGGUGUGGCCCCAGGGCGGUUAUUGGAUGUAAAAGAUGCGGCCCAUCUAGUCUCGCAACUUAACUAUUACCUGUGUCCCAUAGGGUGCCUUCCUAAUACUGUUAUUAGAAUAAGUUUGUUGCAGAACAUGACCCUGUGUGCAAACAUGUACCGUGGCCUGGUAUAUGAUAGAGAUUGAUAUUAAUGUACCAUGUAUGUUAAUGUGAAUCUGUGGGCAGGAUACUUUUCCAUGACAGGAAAUAUCCAAGCUGUUAAAACUGGCUAUGUUUUAAUAUGCCUCAUUUUGCCUUUACUGUGUUAUGCUACUAUUGUGUGGACUGCAUGAGGGACAAAAAGUUCCAUUUGGUGUCAAUAAAGCAAAGUACUUGCCUGCUUUUUUGAAGCUG